CCGACGCCGCGCCGCCUCCCCUCCCGACUCGGCUCCAUCCCAGACGCCGCGCCGCCUCCCCUCUCGAAUCGCCUCCAUCUCCGGGCGCCGCGCCGCCGCCUCCGGGCCAUGGCCCCUUCCUCCACCUCCUAGUUCCACCUCCUCCGUCGCCCCUCCUCCUCUUCCUGCUGCCGGCUCUCUCCCAAAUGCAUGGAGGCUAGGGUUUCCUAGUGUCUCCCCCAGAAUCGCCUCCACGUCUCGCUCUGCCGCGCCGCCGCCUCCUGGACUCGCUCUGCCGCGCGGCCGUCAGAUCUACACUGCAGCAAGCCGGUGGACCUCACCUCCGCCGCAGGCCGCACCUUGCUGUGGAAGUGGAGAGCGCCGUGCAGGCCCUCGAGGCCCUGGGAGACGUUCCGAUCCGAUGACUUGAACCUUGCUUACUCAAGUUGAAGCCGAACUGAGAACUUAUGCUGGAGUUUAAGUUUAAAUUAGUAGGUUUACUGCCUUAAAGAAAUAAUAUGAUGGAGAUGGGUCUUGAUUGCGUAGAGCUUGAAUUUGAUUGAGACCGGGGACAAGUUCAAGUUUGAUUGAAGGUUGCUGGCAGCUCAUCUAUUCAGAGGACUUUUGUUGGAGUUGACUCUUUCAGGAUCUUCCAGGAAGUUUACCUCCAGCCAUAGGAGGAACCCAGGUUCUUGCUAACUGACGGGGAGAUAGUUGGAAGUUCAAUAUUACAACCCAAGCAAAGUUUGCUCCUACAGGCCAGAUUCCUUUGACCGAAUUGUGUAAGCCUCAUAUACAACGGUUGUACAAGGCAGCUGCAUUGAAGAUGUCUGAGUUCCUUGACCUAGAGGCACAAGACGGGAUAAGGAUGCCCUGGAAUGUUAUUCCAGGCACAAAGCAGGAGGCUUUGAACUGUGUAAUUCCUGUUUCCGCUAUCUAUACACCUCUGAAGUCAAUUCCUGAUAUCCCGGUUCUCCCGUAUUCACCCCUUCGCUGUCGCAUGUGUCGUUCCGUCCUCAAUCCUUUCUCCAUUGUUGACUAUGUUGCUAAGAUCUGGGUCUGUCCAUUCUGCUUUCAACGCAAUCAAUUCCCUCAACACUACUCCUUGAUCUCAGAAAAUAAUCUUCCCGCAGAACUCUUUCCUCAGUAUACCACUGUUGAGUACUUAUCAUCAAUGGAAACUGGUCCUAUAGUGCCACCGGUUUUCAUUUUUGUUGUAGAUACUUGCAUGAUUGAAGAAGAAAUUGGUUAUCUGAAGUCUGCACUGGCACAAGCUGUUGAGCUAUUGCCAGAUAAUUCCCUUGUUGGAUUCAUUACUUUUGGAACAUAUGUGCAGGUUCAUGAGUUGGGUUUUGGCUUGUUGCCAAAAUCAUAUGUGUUCAAGGGAACAAAGGAGGUCACCAAGGAACAAAUAUUGGACCAAAUGUGCUUCUUUGCAGGGAAGCAAAAGCCCACCACUGGGGUGAUUGCUGGUACCAGAGAUGGUCUUUCAUCUGAGAGCAUUGCUAGGUUCCUGCUGCCUGCUUCUGAAUGCGAGUUUGUGUUGAACUCAGUUAUAGAAGAAAUGCAAAAGGACCCUUGGCCUGUUCCAGUUGAUCAGCGGGCAUCAAGGUGCACUGGAGUUGCCUUAAGUGUUGCAGCCAAUCUCAUUGGGGUUUGUGUCCCUGGAUCAGGUGCUAGGAUAAUGGCAUUUGUUGGUGGUCCAUCUACAGAGGGACCUGGUUCUAUUGUAUCCAAAUCCUUAUCAGAGCCAAUUCGCUCACACAAGGACCUUGAUAAAGACUCGGCACCACUUUAUGACAAAGCUAUUAAGUUCUAUGAUCAAAUAGCAAAGCAGCUUGUUCACCAAGGGCAUGUUCUGGAUUUGUUUGCCUGUGCAGUCGACCAGGUAGGAGUUGCUGAAAUGAAGGUUGCAAUUGAGAAGACUGGAGGAGUAGUUGUGCUUGCUGAAAGUUUUGGUCAUUCUGUUUUUAAGGACUCACUUCUCCGCAUUUUUCAAUCAGCAGACGACAACCUUGGUCUAUCAUUCAAUGGUAUCCUGGAGAUUAACUGUUCAAAGGAUGUAAAGGUUCAAGGCAUCAUUGGACCUUGUACUUCCCUGGAGAAGAAAAGUCCUUUGUCUUCAGACACUGUUAUUGGUCAAGGAAACACUAGCGCUUGGAAGAUGUGCGGUCUUGACAGAAAAACAUCACUUUGCUUUGUAUAUGAUAUUGCAAAAAAAGAUGGCCCAGAUUCAAUUGGUCAAUCAACAAGCAAUCAGUUUUACUUUCAAUUCUUAACCUACUAUCAGCACAAUGAGGGUCAGAUGAGAUUAAGGUCAACCACAAUAUCCAGAAGAUGGGUCUCUGGCGUGGAUAAUGUCGAGGAGCUAGUAGCUGGCUUUGAUCAAGAAGCUGCUGCUGCAGUCAUGGCUCGCUUGGUGUCAUUUAAGAUGGAAACUGAGGUUGAUUUUGACCCAGUAAGAUGGCUUGAUCGAGCUUUGAUACGUAUAUGUUCUAAAUUUGGAGACUAUCAGAAGGAAACACCCUCAUCAUUCAGUUUAUCCCCACGUCUAUCAAUAUUUCCUCAGUUUAUUUUUAAUUUGAGGCGUUCUCAAUUUGUUCAGGUAGACUGUUCAUCUUUAUUCAUUAAACAAUGCUUUGAAUAUGAAAGGUUUACAUAUCUGGAUAUUAAUUAUUUAUUUCUUGUGCAGGUUUUUAAUAACAGUCCUGAUGAAACUGCAUAUUUUAGGAUGAUGAUGGACAGAGAGAAUGUAGCCAAUGCACUUGUGAUGAUUCAGCCUUCACUUAUAUCCUAUUUAUUUCAGUCAGGGCCAGAGCCAGUUCUCUUGGAUGCAACUGCAGUUGCUUCUGACAAGAUCCUUUUGUUGGAUUCUUAUUUUACUGUUGUCAUAUUCCAUGGGAUAACCAUUGCACAGUGGCGAAAUGCUGGUUAUCAAGAUCAAGAAGGUCACGAGGCAUUUGCCCAGUUGUUAAAAGCUCCACACGAGGAAGCUGGUUCAAUAAUAAAGGAGCGGUUUCCUGUACCCCGUUUGGUAGUCUGUGAUCAAUAUGGAUCUCAGGCUCGAUUUUUACUGGCGAAGCUAAAUCCAUCUGUGACAUAUAAUUCGGAUAAUCCCUCCCCUGGUGGAGACGUCAUAUUUACAGAUGAUGUGAGCUUUGAGGUUUUCAUGGACCAUCUCCAGCGGCUGGCAGUCCAAUAGCAGAUCAAUCUUAGAACAGUGCGUAGAGUAAUUUGUACUACCAAUGAUCUCUUCUGCUGUACAGUAAGAAGAAACUUUUUUGCUUGUACAAAAUUCAUUGCAGCUGAUUUGAAUUAUACAAUUUUCUCAAUAAAAUUACAUAAUCAUUAGUGCA